AUGGCCGUCGACAGCAGUAGUUCUCGUAACUCGCCAGAUUUUAAACAAGAAGAAGAAUCAAUGCAAGAGUAUGAUGCAUUAAAAGAUAACAAUUCAGCACAUGAUGAAGGCCUUAAAUCAUAUUUCUCACAAUUUGGAGAAAUCAAAGACUGUGUUGUUAUGAGAGAUCAGAAUACGAUGAGAUCUCGUGGAUUUGGUUUUCUGACUUUUAUAGAUCCUUCUAAUGUUGAUAAAGUGCUGGCAACUGAUCAUCAAUUAGAUGGAAAACUUAUUGAUCCAAAACGAGCAAUCCCUCGUGAAGAACAAGAAAAAACAGAAAAAAUAUUUGUAGGUGGAAUAGCACCUGAAGUGACUGAAGAAGAGUUUAAAGAAUAUUUUUCACAAUUUGGGGUUGUCAAAGAUGCAACGUUGAUGGUUGAUCGUGAUACUGGUAGACCUCGAGGAUUUGGUUUCAUUACUUUUGAAUCAUCAGAGCCUGUUGAAAAAGCAAUGGCUAGAACUGAUCUAAGCCUUCAAAAUAAGAUGGUCGAGGUGAAAAGAGCUAUGCCAAAGCAUAAAUCACAAAGAGUUAACAUUUAUGGAGGAGCGCCUUCAGUAGGUAAUGCUAUAUCAUCUGGCAAUGGACCUAUGAAUGGUAGAUAUGGUUCAUCCUAUGGAAUCGGUAAAGAUGGAGGCUCAGCUGGAUAUUCUGGUAUGGGUGGAUACAAUUCCGGUUCAAUUAAUGGUAGAUAUGGCUCAUCUUACGGAAUGGGUGGCAGUGGUAAAGACGGGGGCUCGGCUGGAUAUUCUGGGAUGAGUGGAUACAAUUCCGGUUCAAUCAAUGGUAGAUAUGGUUCUCCUUACGGAAUGAGCGGUGGCGGUAAAGAUGGAGGCGGCUCAACUGGGUAUUCUGGAAUGGGUGGAUACAAUUCCGGUUCAUAUCCUGGUAGUUAUAGUGCAUAUAAUAAUUAUCCAAAUUAUGGUUAUCCCAAUUCUUAUCCCGACAGUUAUCACCCAUAUAAUGCAAUGACACAUGCAUAUUAUUCUUCAAGAUAUGGUGGAUAUAAUAAUAAUUAUGGAGGAGGUAGUAGUGGAUAUAGAGGAUCAGGUAGUAGAGGAGGCGGUAGUGGUGGUGGGGCAGGAAUGAAUGCUGCAGGAUCAGGAGAACCAAUAUACAGUAGACAUUCAGUUCGUGGCCAACAUAAUUAUCAUCCAUAUGCACGAUAA